UUUGUCCAAGUCUUGGAUGAAAGUGAAGAUGUUUCUCUUCAUCUUGCUCUCACUCUUCAAUUUCAACCCAUCUCUGAGCCUGAAAAUCUGCUCCUUCAAUGUGAGGUCUUUUGGAGAAGCAAAAAUAGCCAGACCUGAAGUCGUCGAUGCCGUAGUAAAGAUCAUUUCUCGCUGUGACAUCAUGUUGCUGAUGGAAAUAAAGGAGAACAAGAAUCGAGUUUGUCCUCUCCUCCUGGAGAAGCUCACCAGUCACCUGAAGGGGCCGAAGGAGGAAUACAGCUACGUGGUCAGUGAGAGGCUGGGAAGGAAGAGCUACAAGGAGCAGUAUGCCUUCAUCUACAGGAAAGAUCUGGUAUCAGUGAAACAAACCUACCAGUACCCUGACACCCAGCCUGGGGAUGAGGAUGCCUUCUCCAGAGACCCUUUUGCUGUCUGGUUCCAGCCUUCAAAAACUGCUGUCAAAGAGUUUGCUAUAAUCCCUCUGCACACCACUCCAGAGACAGCAGUACGGGAGAUUGAUGAGCUCUAUGAUGUGUAUUUAGAUGUAAAACAGCGCUGGAAAACCGAGAACUUCGUCUUCAUGGGGGACUUCAAUGCUGGUUGUAGCUACGUUCCCCAAAAGCAGUGGAAGAACAUUCGGCUGAGGACUCACUCCGAAUUUGUUUGGCUGAUUGGUGAUAAAAAUGACACAACAGUGAAGGGAAGCACAAGCUGCCCAUAUGACAGGAUUGUGGUCAGCGGGCAGAAGCUCAUCAACGCCAUCGUGCCAAACUCUAUCAAUAUCUUUGAUUUCCAGAAGGACUUUCAGCUGACUGAGGAGCAGGCGCUGGGGAUCAGCGACCAUUUCCCUGUAGAGUUUGAGUUAAAAACAAGGGGUGGCUUCUUCAACUGGCUGAAAUCACAGUUUUUGAAGAAGAGAUCAAGGAAGGGCCGCCGCUCCAGGGCGUGA